AUGGCGACCUCAACAAUGACAUCUCAGCCGGUCCCUGACCCCCUAUCGGCACCAAAUAGCAACAACACAUCUCUCAACCUACCACACUCCAACUCCAUGCCGACCUCGACCUCGACUUCGACGCCGCCAAACAAGACCCUCAGCGUAUUAGAAGAAGUCGAAGCAGCCCAGGACCGACUCCGCUCCCGCCUCGCAGGAGCCUUAACCAGCCCACCACCGAACAUCCCGCACGACGCUCUCCCGUCGGUCCCAUUGAUCGACAUCGGCCCGUCGUUCGACGGCACUUUGGAGUCGCGGAAGAAAGUGGCCUCGCAGAUCCGCGACGCAUGCCUCACGACGGGGUUCUUCCAGAUCAGCAACCACGGCGUCACGCCCGGCGCCAUGGCGAGUGUGCUGAAACAGGCAGAACGCUUCUUCCACGACCUGGCCGAACCCAAGAGACAGGCUUUACAUAUCAAGCACUCGACGUUGUUUCGAGGAUAUGAGCCGCAUGACUCGACUUAUGUCAAUCCGGACGAUCAGAACAACAGUAACGACAACAACAACAACAACAGUAACAGCAGCAGCGACAACAGUAGCAGCAGCAGCAAUACUUAUGACACGGCCGAACAACAACAACAACAACAGGAAACCAAAGAAGGAUUCAACUGGGGCUACGAAGAAGCGCUGGACCCGACGGGCGGAGAUGGACGGUACGUCGAACUUGACGGGAGCAAGCCCGAUCCCGCGCGCGGCCAUGGGAACGUGUGGCCCGCCGAGGAGGAUCUGCCGGGGUUCAAGGCCGCCAUAGCCGAGUAUUAUGGGCAGGUAUUGCAACUGGCGCGCCAUCUUUUCCGGUUGUUCGCGCUGUCGCUGGGCCUGGAGGAGAGAUAUUUCGACGAAUUGAUGACUCACCCGGGCGGGAUUGCGAGGCUGUUGUAUUAUGCUGGACAACCUGUGAUUGAGGACGAAAAGACUGAUAGAGGGAUGAACGACGCGACGACCACAACGAACACGACGACUGUAACAGCAAAAAAAGAAGAACAAGAACACACCACAAAACUAGGUCUCGGCGCCCACACCGACUACGAAUGUUUCACGCUCCUGCUGUCGUCUGCGAACCCGGGCCUGGAGAUCUUGUUUCCUCCGUCGCCGGGCACGGCCGGGAACCCGAUCUGGCGGCCCUGUCCCGUGCGGCCGGGCACGUUGACUGUCAAUGUGGCGGAUUUCCUGAUGCGUUGGACGAACGGACUGUACAAGUCGACGAUCCAUCGCGUCGUGAGCAAACCCGGGGCCGGGGAACGGUAUUCGGUGCCCUUCUUCUUCAGUAUCAACUAUGAUGGCGAGGUCGCGCCGCUGCCGGAGUGGUGUGUGGGGGAGAGUCAUUUCAGGCCGCUGAAGGCCGGCGAGUAUGUUCUGGAGCGAUUGAGGGCCACGCAGAUAUUGGAGGAUCAAGAAAAGGAAGAACAGAACAGAACGAAGUGA